AUGGCGCUCAAGAGCGGGUCGUUCGCGACCUUUUUGAUCGUUUGCCCAACAUGCUUCUUCCUGGGCAUCAUCUUCUCAUUAUUCCCAUACGACUACCCUCUCCUCUGGUCAACAGCUCCAACUCCCGGCUCGCAUUACGACUACCUAGAAGCACACCUGCGGUUCUUGCACGCCUCUCCGCCGCUGAUCCCGCGCAUUCUCCACAUCGUCAUCUUCUUGGGUCUGGCUGGUCUGGUCGCGAAACUGUAUAAGCCCUCGGAAGCCAACAUGCUCUUCGACGGCGCCAGUCUGGUCCUGUAUAUGUGUGGUAUCACCGUCUACAUCGCCAAUAUCGUCAAGGGUCUCCGUCUCGUCACUGGUGGUCAGUACGGCUCAGAAGUUGGUGAUUCCAACCUGGAGGAAGGAGAGCAGAUCCUCGGCCGUGAGGACAGUCUGAAGGUUCUCGCCGCGAGCAAUACCAUUCUGGCCCUGGUCCUGGUGGGCGUUUUGGUCUUGCAGGCUGGUCAGUGGUACGCUGAGCGAAAGGAUGCGCAGGAGUACGAGAGCCUGAACCGUAAGACAGAGGAGAGGAAGGAGGCACAAGCCGGGAAAGUGUCGCGGCAGUCGAGCGUGUCGAAGAAGAAGCAGUAG